AUUUUUUGAAAUAUUUUAUGGGCGACAUUUCUCUUUUGCUCAACUUGGUCUUUUCUGAUUAUUUAAUACCACCAUCAUGCACAAAACAGAACAUCAUUAAAUCAAAACAUAUCUUUUUUUUUUCUCCCACCUUUGUGCUUGUUCUUCAUCAUUUUUUUACAAUAGAAAAAGUGAAACAUACGCAGGUCCUUUGACUUCCCCAAGAAAGAUUUGGAACCAAACUCAGAGAUAAUCUGAAAUUCUUUAGGCACUCUUUACAAUGGUUCGUUUGAAAGAGAAAUUCGGUUUAUUUUUCAAUAACAGAUGGCUUGUAUUCGUAGCUGCAAUGUGGAUUCAGAGUUUUGCUGGCAUUGGAUAUUUAUUUGGCAGCAUUUCUCCGAUCAUUAAGAGCUCUUUAAAUUAUAACCAAAGGCAAAUUGCAAGAUUGGGUGUGGCUAAGGACUUGGGUGAUAGUGUUGGAUUUCUGGCUGGCACUUUGUCUGAAAUAUUGCCUUUAUGGGCUGCACUUCUUGUAGGUGCUAUUCAGAACUUUAUUGGUUAUGGCUGGGUUUGGCUCAUCGUUACUGGUCGAUCUCCUAUUCUCCCUUUAUGGAUUAUGUGCAUUCUUAUAUUUAUAGGCACAAAUGGAGAAACCUACUUUAAUACAGCAGCACUUGUCUCAGGUGUGCAAAAUUUCCCUAAAAGCCGUGGCCCUGUGGUGGGAAUACUUAAGGGAUUUGCUGGUUUGGGUGGUGCAAUUAUGACUCAAAUAUAUGCACUGAUCCAUUCCCCGGAUCAUGCUUCGCUUAUAUUUAUGAUUGCCGUGGGACCUACAAUGGUGGCUAUUGCCCUCAUGUUUAUAGUCAGGCCUGUUGGUGGCCACAGACAAAUCAGACCUUCUGAUGGAUUCAGUUUUUCAUUAAUUUACAGCAUUUGCCUCAUUUUGGCUGCUUACCUGAUGGGCGUCAUGCUUGUUCAAGACCUCAUUGAUGUUAGCCACACCGUCACUACAAUCUUCACAGGAAUUUUGUUCGUUCUAUUGAUUAUUCCUGUGGUGAUUCCCAUCUCAUUGACUUUCUCUCAAGAAUCUAAAGUACCAUCAGAAGAGGCUCUUCUAUCUGAGUCACAAAAACAAGGUCCUGGAACAUCUGAACGCAACAAUGAUCAGGAGAUUAUAUUUAGUGAGGUUGAAGAUGAGAAGCCUAAGGAAGUAGACUUGCUUCCAGCAUUAGAAAGGCAAAAAAGAAUUGCCCAACUGCAAUCAAAACUAGCCCAAGCAGCUGCAGAAGGAGCAGUGAGGAUCAAAAGAAGACGGGUUCCCCAUAGAGGGGAGGACUUUACCCUAAUGCAGGCUUUGAUGAAGGCAGACUUUUGGCUUAUAUUUUUCUCACUACUUUUGGGUUCUGGAUCUGGUUUAACCGUGAUUGAUAACUUGGGCCAGAUGAGCCAAUCUUUAGGAUAUGAUAACACACAUGUAUUUGUUUCCAUGAUCAGCAUAUGGAACUUCCUUGGUCGUGUUGGAGGUGGAUACUUUUCUGAAAUAAUUGUGAGGGAUUAUGCCUACCCAAGACAUGCAGCGAUGGCUGUUGCCCAAGUUGUAAUGGCUAUCGGGCAUUUCUACUUUGCCAUGGGCUGGCCAGGGGAUAUGUACAUCGGUACUCUUCUAGUCGGGCUCGGUUAUGGGGCCCAUUGGGCGAUUGUGCCAGCUGCUGCUUCUGAAUUGUUUGGCUUAAAGAACUUUGGGGCUUUGUACAAUUUCCUCACUAUUGCGAACCCUGCUGGUUCAUUAGUAUUCUCAGGUGUUAUUGCUAGUACUAUAUAUGACAGUGAAGCUGCAAAGCAAGCUCAAGAGCGUCAUCCCAGCCAAUGGAAUGGGGCAUCUUUUUUGUCAAGUUUUCUAGCUUUGGAUGAACCUUUAAAGUGUGAAGGUGCCAUAUGCUUCUUCUGGACUUCCUUAAUACUUUGUGGACUCUGUAUCGUUGCUUCUUUUCUAAGCAUGAUUCUGGUUUAUCGAACAAAGACUGUAUACACUAGUCUUUAUGGAAAAUCUCGUACAUAAUUUAUCCGUCACGUGAAAGCUUGGAUAGAAAUUUGAGUAGUUUGCACAGAUACUCUCAACCAGCUUAUGGAUCCAAGAGCAUUUCACUGAGAUGGCAAAACUGCCCUUUCUUUGCUGUUAGACGUUGUUCCUCGCAAUGUGAGAUAAAUGUUUGUAUUGAAAUUGUUAAUUGGUGUAUAUUUGAAUUGGCAUUCAAACUUGAAAUUGUUA